CCCCAACACAGCAACAAUCGGACCAAAGCGCACAUCGGUUCUGCGGCGCUUAGAUUGUGUCUUGUCCUUCAUUUCACUCACUUUACAGUCUAUUGUUUGAUUUUUAUUGUGCAUUCCACAGCAUAGCCUGCAAGCCUCCACCUUCCUCUCUCCCUCCCCCCAGACUUGCGAAACCCUGAUCGGGUUGGCACCGAGCCCAAACGGCAAUGGCAGGAGACCCUUCUUCUAACUCGCACGCAACACAACCCCCGUUGCACAUCUACCGUCCCAUUCCACGCCGCAACUUUGGCCCAUACAACGACUCGGCAGACUCGCCCACACACGACUAUGCGCAAUCGACGCCUCCCAGCGCCAUCGAGAACCGCCGCCCGUCCGACUUCCUCGCGCAGCUGAACGCGCGUCUGCUCAGGACAUACAACUCGCGCAACGAUGACUCAGAAGAGCACGACCACGAUCUGCCGCCGCGCAACAAGAGCCUCUUGAAUCUCAACAGCAGCACCCUGUCUGGCAUCUACGAUGCGACAAGCGCCGGAGAGCAGAGCGUAGUGGAAACGCCCUGGGGGACAGGCGCGGAGACACCACGACACCCAGCCGUGGGCAGCGACGACCAGGAGCCAAGUGUGCGCAGUUCAGACGGCGGGCUGAGCAUGAAGAAACUCGCUGGCAAGGGGGCAGCCAUGGAAAAGGUGCCUGGGAGGAAAAGGAGUCAUUCCAUCAGGCAGCCGCGACAGGGCAUGUGGAAGUACGCCGUGCUCGUUGGCAAACUCGUGUCGCUCUUUGUCUUUGGCGUCAUCUACGGCGUCAUCGUCUCGCAUCUCCACGAGACACGCCAGUUUCCCAGGGUCCACGUUGUCGAGAGCAUGCACCGCAACGGCCAUGUGUACUUUGCGAUCUGGGGCUUGUUCGGCGUCGCGCUCGGCAGCCUGCUACCAUACGUUGAUCUCCUGUGGGACUCGCAGCGAGGCGCCAGCGAGGCAGGAGACAACAAAGAGGCCGAGACGCCCGAUUCCCCUCUCAGCGAGCAGAUCAACGAGGUUGUGCGGAGCGUGGCUGCUUUUGUCGGCAUUGCAUUUGCCAUUCGUCGCCUCCCGUGGCAGUCUACGCUCCAGCUUACCCUCACGCUCGCCCUAGUCAACCCCGCCCUCUGGUACAUACUCGACCGCUCCAAGCCGGGUCUCUCCGUCUCGCUGACGGUAACCUCGGUCCUUACCUCGUUCAUCUUUCUCUCCAAUACCACCGUCCUGCCGUCGCCGAGUCUACCCCUCACCACAAAUGCCACGCAGCUGCCUUCUGUGCCUAGCACAACAGCGCAUGCAGCACAACAACAACUCUUUGUCGGCAUGGUCACCUACGACAGUCUAGCCGUCGUAACUUGGGUUGGCAGUGUCUUGUUCUGCAGUUGCGUUUGCUUCGGAAGUAUAGGGAGAAGAUUGGCAGUCCUUGAAGAAAGCAGUUGGAAAAGAUAACCACGACAUUCUGAGUUGUACUUGUGAUAUGAUGUAAGAAAAAAGUUGUUUCUUUAUGGUAGCAUCGUGUGCUUGGGUCGUGGCGUAACUACGUAGGGCAUUUUUCUGCUCUCUUUUCUUCAAGCCACAAACACACACACACACACACUCUCUCUCUCUCUCUUUUUCUCCAAUAUGGAUUAUUUCAACCUGGGAAUACGCUUUGUCGUUCCCCGGCCCCGCGCUGUUUGCAAAAAGUCUAUUCUAAAUCUGUUGAGCCAUGACGUGUGCUGCUCACCUCAUCACUUUAGAUAUGCGGAUAAGCAACCCCUUCCCUUACUAAACUCUAAAUAUUGCUUACAGAUGAAUGAAUACUUGCA